AUGGCACUGCUUGGAAACCUAGCUGCAAGCCCCGCGGCCACCGUCAUCCGCCAGAUGCGUCAGGCGCAGCGCGCCGACGGGCCAGCGUCUGUGCUGGCUAUCGGAACGGCGAACCCAGCCAACUGCGUGCGGCAGGACGAGUACGCGGACUACUACUUCCGCGUCACCAACACAGAGCACCUCACCAAGCUCAAAUCCAAGCUCAACAGAAUCUGCGGCAGAUCGGCCAUCAAUAAGCGCUACUUCCACCACACCGAGGAGCUUCUGCAACGCCACCCGGAGUUCAUCGACCGGACGUUGCCAUCCCUGGACGCCCGGAUGGACAUCGCGGCCACCGCCGUGCCCGAGCUCGCGGCCGCGGCCGCGCGCAAGGCCAUCGCGGAGUGGGGGCGCCCGGCCGCCGACAUCACCCACCUCGUUGUCAGCACCUACUCCGGCGCCCACAUGCCCGGCGCAGACCUCCGCCUGGCCACCCUCCUCGGCCUCGACCCGUCCGUCCGCCGCACCAUGCUCUACCUCAACGGUUGCUCCAGCGGGUCCGCGGCGCUGCGCGUUGCCAAGGACAUCGCCGAGAACAACCGUGGCGCGCGCGUUCUCGUCGCCUGCGCCGAGCUCACCCUCAUCCUCUUCCGCGCGCCCGACGAGGCCCACGUCGACACCAUCAUCAUGCAGGCCCUGUUCGGCGACGGCGCGGGCGCCGUGAUCGUCGGCGCCGAGCCCGACGGCUCCGCCGAGCGCCCGGUUUUCGAGAUGGUGGCCGACUCGCAGAGCGUGAUACCUGAGAGUGACCUCUCCGCGGCGGGAAGGCUCCGCGAAGACGGGCUCGUCUUCAACCCUUCCUUCGAGAUGCCGGCGCUCAUCCGGGAAAACAUCGAGCGGAGCAUGGCUGACGCGCUCGGGCCACUCGGCUUGAGCGGGUGCUGGAACGACCUUUUCUGGGCGGUGCAUCCUGGCGGGCGGGCGAUCUUGGACAGCGUGGAGGCGGGGCUUCGGUUGGAGCCCAAGAAGUUGGCGGCUAGCCGACAUGUACUGAGCGAGUACGGGAACAUGUCCGGGCCGACAGUGAUCUUUGUGCUCGACGAGAUCCGGCGCCGCCGUGACGAGCAGCACAGUUUGGGUGUGUUGCUUGGGCUCGGACCGGGGGUCACAGUUGAGACCAUGGUGUUACAUGCCAAUGGUAGCUAA